AUGAGAUCGGGAGCCCAGUCGCUGGAAAUGUGGAGAGGCAAAAAGGAACCACCCGUGUUGUCUUUCAGACAAAGUAUGGGGACAUUGAAUUUGGUUUCUACCCAAAAUGUUGCACCAAAAACGGUUGAACACAUCUUCAAGCUUGUUCGACUGGGAUGCUAUAAUACCAACCACUUUUUCCGGGUAGACAGAGGGUUUGUUGCCCAGGUAGCGGAUGUCGUUGGAGGAAGAAGUGCUCCUAUGAAUGCAAUGCAGAAGUUGGAAGCUGACAAAACUGUUGGUGAAUUCAGUGAUGUCAAACACGUAAGAGGUAUUCUUUCCAUGGGAAGAUAUUCUGACCCAGACAGUGCAUCCUCCUCCUUCUCAAUGCUCCUUGGAGAUGCCCCUCACCUUGAUGGCCAGUAUGCUAUAUUUGGUAAAGUUACAAAAGGUGAUGAAACUUUGAGAAAGCUUGAGCAACUCCCUACACGGAAGGAAGGAAUAUUCAUAAUGCUUACUUCCUCCCUUUUUUUCCAGCCAACUGAGCGCAUCACAAUAUUGUCAUCAUAUUAUUAUGAUACCAAGGCGGAAACUUGUGAAGACGACAGGCUAAUGUUGGAACGGAGGCUUGCUGCAUCUGCUGUUGAAAUUGAAAGACAGAGAAUGAAAUGCUUUUCAUAA